AUACACCAGCUAUGCGGAUAUUAAAGUGCUAUUUUUGCUCGGGCCCCAUGUAUCCGGGGCAUGGAACCACCUUUGUCAGGAAUGAUGCCAAGAUGGUGGUGGACGCGACCUUUGACUUUGAGAAGCGGCGAAAUCGCCCCGUGAAAUACGACCGAGACCUUGUUGGAAAGACUGUCCAAGCCAUGCAGAAGAUACGCACCAUCCAAUCUCGGCGCGAAGAAGUUUUCUACCAGACACGUAUGCGUGAGGCAAAGAUGAAGGAGAAGGCCGCAUUGCAAGUGGAAGUGAAGGAGAAUGUGGAGUUGUUGGCGCCGGCUGCGGCGUCCCGGGAGAAAGCGCUGCUCAAUGUGCGGGAGAAGGUCAAAGAGCGCCAGGCUGUGCGAGCCGCGACGAAGGCAGGAGGAAAAGGGAAGGGUGGACAGAGGGGAGGGAGUGGGGAAGGGGAGGGGGGUGGAAUGGAUGUAAGUUAA